AUGGCGUCCCUUGAUCCGAAGGGCGACGUCGCCUUAGGGCCAACACAUGCUUCAUUGGUAACGGCAGAUACUGCCGACGAAAAAGACUCCAACAAUCGAAGAACCAGUGACAAAAGCUCAAGCCUAGAAAAGCCGACCUCAGAAGAUGCCAAGACAGACGAAUCAGAAUAUCCUGCGGGUGCUCGCCUCGCGGCCAUCAUCACUGCGCUCGCGCUCGCCAUCUUCCUCGUCUCUCUCGACCUGACAAUCGUCGCAACUGCAAUUCCCAAAAUCACCGACCAGUUCAACGGCCUCUCGGACAUCGCCUGGUACAGCUCCGCCUUCUUCAUGACGAUGGGCGGCUUCCAGAGCGCCUGGGGCAAAAUCUACAAGUUCUUUCCACUGAAAACCAGCUACCUCAUCGCCAUCUUCAUUUUCGAGCUCGGAUCCCUGAUCUGCGCUGUUGCUCCCAGCAGCACCGCGCUCAUCGUCGGGCGUGCCUUUGCGGGUGUGGGCGCCGCAGGCAUUGGCUCAGGUUCAUACACUAUCAUCGGCUUCUCCGCCUCACCCAAGAGCCGGCCGAUGUUCACCGGGAUCGUUGGAACAAGCUACGGUGUUGCAGCGGCUGUUGGGCCUCUGAUCGGAGGCGCAUUUGCGGAUAAAGUGUCGUGGCGCUGGUGCUUCUACAUCAACCUGCCCAUCGGAGCAAUCUCUGCCUUCAUCAUCCUAAUCUUCUUCAAGGCCCCCCGCGCCGCGAAGCCACAGGCGGCAACUCUACGCGAGAAGCUCCUCCAUAUGGACCCCGUAGGCGCCGCUCUCGUGAUCGCAUUCGUUGUGUGCUACCUCCUCGCCGUGCAGGAUGGCGGUGUCAAGUUUCCCUGGAACUCUGCGCACGAGAUCGGCCUCUUGGUUGGCAGUGCGGCAAUCGUGGGCGUGUUUGUGCUGUGGGAAUGGUUCCAGAAAGACACGGCCAUGUUUCCGUUCCGCCUCGCGAAGCAAAGGGUUUACAUCGUCGAGUCGGUCUUUUCAUUCUUCUACUCCGGCGCGUACUACUUGGUGCUGUACUACCUCCCAAUCUACUUCCAGAGCAUCGACAACGCCAGUGCCCAGUCAAGCGGAGUGAGAAACCUGCCCCUUAUUGUCGCCGUUGUCAUCUCCAUGCUCUCCAGCGGCACUUACAUCUCCGCCACUGGCAUCGCGGCGCCGAUCAUCGUUGCCGGGACUGCCCUGUCGACGAUAUGCACAGGGUUGCUUUACACACUGGAUAUUGGCACCUCAGAGGGCAAGUGGAUUGGCUACCAGAUCGUUGGCGGCGUGGGCUGGGGGAUUGCGUCCCAGAUCCCCAUCAUCACGGUACAAGCUACGGCCCCGGCCACAGAUCUCGCUGAGGUGACAGCCAUGCUGUUGUUCCUCCAGACGGUCGGCGGUGCGGCGAUGGUUUCUGCUGCUCAGGCUGGUUUUGUCAACAUCAUGAUCAACAAUCUUCCCAGGACGGCACCAGGUGUCAACCCAGCUCUCGUGGUGGGCACCGGCGCGACGGAUUUGCGGAGAGUGUUCUCGAAGGACCAAAUUGCUAGGAUCUUAGUGGCGUACAUGCAAGGUCUGAAAGCCUCGUUUGCGAUUGGCAUUGCGUCGUCAGGGAUCGCCCUGAUCAUUAUUGUCUUGUUCCAGCGAUGGAACAAGUUGAAUAUAGCGGCUAUCGCUGGUGGAGGUGCAGCUUGA